AUGGCGCCUUAUAUGGAUUCUUUCACAGAGAAUGAUAACGGCCAACCCAGGUUGACGGCCAGCGCGACGGUUGGGACAGAGCCCAUCGCUGUUUGCGGCAUGGCGUUGAGGCUCCCCGGCGGAAUCUCGACUCCAGAGCAAUUCUGGCAGUUUCUUAUUGACAAAAGAGAUGCACGUGGUCCCAUACCUGAAACGAGAUUCAAUGCAUCAAGCUAUUACUCUGAGUCCGCCAAGCCCGGACACAUCAAGACGCGGUACGGCUACUUCCUAGACGAAUCCGUUGAUCUUGCAGCUCUCGAUACGACGUUCUUCAGGAUGCCCAAGAACGAGGUUGAACGUGCCGACCCUCAGCAGAGAUUGCUCCUGGAGUUGACUCGGGAGUGCCUCGAAAGCGCCGGUGAGACGGAGUAUCGCGGUAAGACCAUUGGAACAUUCGUAGGAUGUUUCGGCGAGGACUGGCUUGAGACUUUGACCAAAGAUAAUGAGGUUGUUGGUCAGUACAAAAUCACUGGUUACGGCGAUUUCAUGCUCUCCAACCGAUUAGCCUACGAAUAUGAUCUCAAAGGCCCCAGUAUGACUAUCAGAACGGGUUGUUCAUCGGCAUUGAUAGGCCUCCACGAAGCGUGCAUGUCAAUUCACCACGGACAGUGCAGUGCUGCUAUUGUUGCUGGCUCGAACCUCAUCAUGGCACCAGGCCUAUACGUCAGCAUGUCGGAGCAGGGUGUGCUGUCUCCGAAUGGCUCUUGCCGAACGUUCGACGCGGGCGCUGACGGGUAUGCUCGUGGCGAAGCUGUGAACGCCGUCUACGUCAAGCGUCUGAGUGAGGCGAUCCGAGACGGAAACCCUAUUCGUGCUGUGAUCAGGGGAAUCUCGAGUAAUGCGGAUGGCAAAACGCCGAGCUUGACGAUACCAAGCUUCGAGAGCCACGAGGCCAUGAUACGACAGGCCUACAAUAUGGCAGCAAUCAGUGGACAACAUAUUGCCGAAACUGGCUUUGUAGAGUGUCAUGGAACGGGCACUGCCGCUGGGGACCCAAUAGAAACUACGGCAAUUUCGAAGGUUUUUGGGGACGCAGGAGUCUACAUCGGUUCAUGCAAACCGAACAUUGGUCACUCGGAAGGCGCAUCAGGCAUCACGUCGCUUAUCAAGUCGAUACUGGCUCUAGAGCAUCGAACAAUUCCGCCAAACAUCAAGUUCGACAAGCCCAAUCCCAAGAUUCCUUUUGAGGAGAAGAAACUCAAAGUGCCUGUCGCGCCAACACCAUGGCCAGAAGACCGGUCGGAAAGAGUUUCGGUCAACUCGUUUGGAAUUGGUGGCGCCAAUGCGCAUGUUGUGAUCGAGUCAGCAGCCAGCUUUCUUGGCCGCCCCGAGAGCUCGUCUAUCAUGGAACUAUCGGCUUUUCCUUUGAGAAAGGCGCAUCUUAUGGUCUACUCCGCCAACACAGCCGACUCUCUGAGACGCCAAGUUGUCAACAACCAGAAAUACAUUAGCGAACACCCUGAUUCCCUCGAUGAUGUUAGCUAUACAUUGGCAUCUCGGCGCAGUCACCUGCCACACCGAGCAUUCUCGGUGAUGCAAGACGGCAUCGAUCUGAGCACAUCACCAUUCGGUAAAGCACCCAAUAUAUCAGCAGAUCUCGCGCUAGUCUUCACCGGCCAAGGUGCACAAUGGCCCCAGAUGGGUGCUGAGUUGCUCAAAGCCAACAAGGUGUUUGCUCAGUCUAUACGGAAGAUGGACAAGGUCUUGAGUUCGCUCCCUGACGGACCAACUUGGACUUUGGCUGAAGAAAUUCUCAAGCCUACAGAGACGAGCGGUCUGCACCAUGCCUAUCUAUCUCAGCCAGUAUGUACUGCAGUGCAAAUUGGUUUGGUGGAUGCGCUUAGAGAAACAGCAGGUAUCAAGCCUUUCGGCGUCGUCGGUCACUCUUCUGGAGAGAUGGCCGCUGCUUAUAUCUCUGGAAGGCUUACGGCCCAUGAGGCCAUUGUGGCUGCAUACUAUCGCGGUAUAGUUUCUUCGGAGGUUGUUAAGCCCGGAGCAAUGGCUGCAAUCGGCAUGGGUCGAGCUGAAACCCUGCCAUUUCUGAAAUAUGGUGUUGUUAUUGCCUGCGCGAACUCGCCUUCGAGCGUUACGAUAUCUGGGGAUGCAGAUCUUGUCGAAGGCAUCCUCUCACAAAUUCGAAAGUCAAAACCGGAAGUUCUCGCCCGCCGACUCAAGGUUGAGAAGGCAUAUCAUUCCUAUCACAUGCAAGAAGUGGGGGAUCGCUACCUUUCUUUAACGUCCCCUUACAUCGAUAGUCUUAAGAUUCUUGACUCUUCUGGGCCAAGCAUGUUCUCUUCCGUUACCGGCAGCAAGCUACCAAUGGAGACGCCUACGGACGCUGAAUACUGGAGAGCAAACCUCGAGUCGCCAGUGCUAUUCGACGCGGCAGUUGCCGCCUUGAUAUCGGACCACAAGAGUCAAAACAAGAAUCCAUUGGUGUUCCUUGAAGUUGGGCCACAUUCUGCAUUGGCCGGACCGUUGCGGCAGAUUCUCGCACAGGAGGGCAUUAACAUGUCAUAUGCCUCUUGUCUCAUUCGGUCAAAGAACUCUACCGAGUCUUUCAUGACAGCAAUUGGUCAUCUUUGGCAACAAGGAGUCAAGGUUAACUUUGACCGUCUCACGAACCCCAACGACACUGCUCGCGUUGUUCCAGAUCUGCCCGCAUACCCUUGGCAACAUGAUCACUCAAUCUUGUUCUCAAGUCGCAUCUCUGACGAGUGGCGGUUCCGCAAAUUUGCAAAACAUGAGAUACUCGGCGUCCGUGUUGCGGAAAGCAGUGAAAACGAACCGAUCUUUCGAAACAUGUUGGCGUUAGAUCAAGUCCCAUGGAUCCGUGAUCACAACAUCAAAGGCGAUGUCAUCUUCCCCUGCGCAGGCUACGUUGGCAUGGCAGGUGAGGCUGCGAGACAGCUCUGCAGUGGGACUUUUGCAGGGUUUGCCAUGCGCAAUGUUGUCAUUGAUAUGGCCAUGGUCCUAGCUAAGAACAAGCACACAGAGAUCAUCACCAGCCUUCGGAGAGAGAGACUGACAGACAGUCUCGACAGUCCAUGGUGGGAGUUCACUAUUACCUCUCAUAACGGCUCAGCUUGGUCAAAGCACUGCAGCGGACAGGUCCGGUCUCUGGAAAGUAACAGCCAAAACACGAAAGGUGCCAUGUCUAAGCUGCCUCGUUUGGUCGGAUCGACGAAGUGGUAUCUAGCACUUCGUAAUGUCGGUGCCAACUACGGCCCAUACUUUCAGGGGUUGGCAAACGUUACUUGCUCUCCAACUGGUCACCAUUCCAGUGGCACGGCAACACAGACAAUCCAAAACGGCUCUUACUAUUCGGUUCAUCCUACUAAACUUGACUUUUUCCUUCAGCUUUUCAGCGUCGCUGCUAUGAAAGGGGUCGGGCAUAAGCUCAACAAGAUGAAUGUUCCAACCUUCAUUGAAGCAUUAGAGAUCUAUAAUUGUGAAUCUCAGAUACAGAUGGAGGUUCGAGCAAAUCAAACGCCGCGUGGGUUACUUUAUGGAGGUGGUCAUGGAGUUGGUGACGAAGGUUCAGUUGCCCUUACUGUCAAGGGGGUGAAGCUGAGUCCCCUCGAGAAUGACUCUGAGGAUGAUGCGGAUCCUCAUGCUGGGGCGCGCGUCUUCUGGCAGCCAGAUGCCGACUUCUUGAAGAUGUCAGAUCUCAUAAAGCCGCACCCAGGACAGAAAAACCUCCAGUCCACUCGUGAUUUCACCUCGGCCUGCAUCAAGAAGGCUCUGCAAAACUUGGAAGGAGUCGAAACUACGCAUCCACAUCUUACAAAAUUCCACGAUUGGCUGAAGAGGCAAGAGCUUCCAAACGACAUCGCUGAUUCCGAAUCUAAUUUUGCAGACGGUGCACGGAUGGAUCCGUUCUCAUCUUUUGCGGUCGCGAUGAGGAUCGUGCUUGACAACAUUGUUCCGGUCUUUCGAGGGGAGACUGAGCCUCUCGAAGUGCUCAUGCCGAACAAUGUACUGACCAAUGUUUAUAACUCGUUGAACAUCACUGACAGAGAGCCACUGUUCCGGUUACUCGGCCAUUCAAAACCUAACCUUCGAGUUCUGGAGAUCGGGGCGGGUACAGGCGGAACUACAAACAAGGUUUUGGGUUGGUUGCGUGGCCCAACAGGCGCAUCGUUGUACUCAGAGUACACUUACACGGAUAUUUCAGCUGGAUUCUUCGCUACAGCAAAGGAGCGUUUCGAAUUGAACCCCAACAUGUCUUUCAAGGCACUCGAUAUCUCUAAGGACCCUAUUCAGCAAGGAUUUGAGGCUGAAUCAUACGACCUUGUCGUUGCCGCUAACGUCCUUCAUGCUACUCCAAGUCUCAAAGAAACGCUCAGUAACGUCCGGAGGCUUUUGAAUUCGGAAGGAAGGCUCUACAUGGAAGAACUCUCCUAUAACACUCUCCCUUUGAACUUCAUUAUGGGGGUGCUUCCUGGGUGGUGGCUGGGGGCGGAUGAUGGGAGAUCAGACCAGCCACACGUAUCAACCGAGAGAUGGGAUGUGGAACUGAGACAAGCUGGCUUUGACGGCCUUGACGAUCUUGUGUUUGACUCUGAGCGGCCGAACAACUUGCUCGCUUUUAUGACAGCAAGGCCCUCCCGAAGCAUUUCGCGCCCAAGAAACGUUACGAUUUUGCAUGAUUCAGAAUCAGUGGAUCUCGCGACGGGGGUUCAAGAUGCUCUAUCGCAGGCUGAGCUCAAGAAUGCGAUCCUACACGAUAUCUCGAAGGGCUCGCCUCCCGUAAUGGAAGAACUUAUUUCUGUUGUUGAUCUACAAGCUCCCUUCUUUGAGAACAUCAGCGAGGACACUUUCUCUAUCUUCCGUUCGAUUGUAACCGAAGCAUCGAAAGAGCGAGCUGGGAUCUUCUGGCUUACUAGAUCCUCGCAGCUCAGGUGCUCAGAUCCAAGAUGGGGAGAGUCGAUCGGCGCAGCAAGAUCUAUCCGGAGCGAACUGAGUCUCGACUUUGCAACAUGCGAGGUUGAUCAGAUAAACCCUGCCUCAAUGGCUACGAUAGCGAGCGUCUUCAAGAAAUUCCAACGGCGUCACGACGAUGAGACCACCUCGCCUGAGUACGAAUACAAUAUCACCGACGGAACCGUGUAUGUCUCACGACUGUACCCCGUCAGUGUCAGUGGCGAAUUACAUAGCCACAAAGAGGUUACCGAUGAGAUUUACUAUGAUCUACAAAUCGGCAGGUAUGGCCGCUUGAGCACACUCACCUGGGCUCCAAAAGAGUCACAAAUUCUGCAAGGCGAUGAAGUGAUUGUGGAAGCAAAGGCGGUUGGAAUGAACUUCAAGGUCAGUUGCCCACCUUUCCAACACGACUAUUAUGGAUUCAAACUCACGAGUCGAAGGAUGUUCUGA